AUGCCUAAAAAGAUGACUCGAAUUAAAAAUUCGAAAAAAAAGCAAAAUGCUUCAAAAACGUCAAAUAUUGUGAAUGAACAAGAAAGUCCCAUAGUAGUUAAUAAAGUCCUAGACUAUCGUUGUGUGAAUGGAAAUGAUGUGUAUUUACAACAAUAUCAAGUGGGCGAACAAAUUAAAAUAAAUUGGAUGAAAUAUGAAUCAAUGAUCGAAUGUGAUAAUUUAAUCCGUGAUUACUGGUUACGUGAAAGAAGUAUCAAUCCAUUAGCUUCACCAUCAGGUUCCUCAAAAAUUUUAGUAGGUUCUGGAUGGUUCCAAUUUCGAUCAGAAUGUGAACAAUCAAAUAAUAGCGAUAGUACAGACUUUAUGGAUGAUCUCACUCAAACUAAU